GUACUUUAUCUGCCCUUUUAUUCUAAAUGAAAGCUUUGCUGGAUAGAGCAAUCUUGGAUGUAGGUCCUUGCCUUUCAUGACUUGGAAUACUUUCCAGGGGGGCUGGUCUUUCUUGAUUGUGCUGUCUUAGUUUCCCUAAGGGGAUGCUGUUCCAGGAGGGAGGUUCUGGGUGACCUAGUUUCUGUGGAGUGGGGACAAGAACAAGGCCUGGACCACAGGCAUGGCUCUGUGUCUUCCCCGUGCCUCACACAGCUCUCGGAGUGGUGUCAAGGGCCUCAGAGUCUCAAUUCUGACAGACUUGGGGGCUGGAGCAGUCUUCAGGGUGCAUCACCUGUUCCCUUGCUCUGGGGUGCUGUGGAAAUGGGAGCCAGGAGUUCUGGCACCAACUCUGGAGGGGGCGGGACCCAAUGCAGUCUGGCCCCUCCCUGGACCAGGGCCUCAAAUACCUGCCUGUGCACAGGCACCAGAGCUGUUGUCAAAAGUCCUUAAGGUCUGCCUAGAACCACAGACACACUCCCAUCCUGGACCUCAGAACCCUACCUGGGCCCAGAUCCUGAGCUUCUGACACGACACCAUCCACAUCUCAGCCUACUUGCUCCGUGAAAUGGACCGGCCCUGGGCCCUACUAUCUGUGCUCUGGGCUCUGGGGGCCACCGCGGCAGUGGCGCUGCGCAUUGGAGCCUUUAACAUCCAGUGUUUCGGAGACAGCAAAGUGUCAGAUUCUGCUUGUGGCAGCAUCAUCGCGCAAAUCCUGGCUGGCUAUGACAUCAUGCUUGUGCAGGAGGUGCGAGACCCGGACCUGAGCGCAGUCUCUGCGCUCAUGGAGCAGAUUAACAGUGUGUCCAGUCACGAGUACAGCUUCGUGAGCAGCGAGCCCCUGGGACGGGACCAGUACAAGGAAAUGUACCUGUUUGUUUACAGAAAGGAUGCAGUGUCGAUCGUAGACACAUACCAGUACCCGGACCCGGAGGACACCUUCAGUCGUGAACCUUUCGUGGUCAAAUUCUCAGUCCCUGGCUCUGGUGAGAUUCCCCUCCACUCCCCCACCUCCCUCGCAGACUCCGCCCCUCCUUUAGGCCCCACCCUGCCUCUGACUCCUAACCCUCCAGCAGCUGCCAAGGAAUUGGUGCUGGUUCCACUGCACGCUGCGCCACACCACGCAGUAGCAGAGAUCGAUGCUCUCUACGAUGUGUACUUGGACGUGAUCGACAAGUGGGGCACCGAUGACAUGCUGUUCCUGGGUGACUUUAACGCUGACUGCAGCUAUGUGCGGGAACAGGACUGGGCGGCCAUUCGUCUGCGCAGCAGUGAGGUCUUCAAGUGGCUCAUUCCAGACAGUGCUGACACCACGGUGGGCAACUCAGACUGUGCGUAUGACCGCAUUGUCGUCUGCGGCGCCCGCCUGCGCAAGAGCCUGAAGCCGCACUCAGCCGCUGUGCACAAUUUCCAGGAGGUGUUCGGCCUGGACCAGACUCAGGCCCUUGCCAUCAGUGACCAUUUUCCUGUGGAGGUGACUCUCAAAUGCCACUGACAGUUCUGAGAACUGGCCAGGGCAUGCUGCCUGCAGAGUGGCCACGAGGAACAGGCCCACAAGGCCCAUUUGGGGUGGAUGGCCUGCCCCCAGCAAGCCUGCAGGGCAGGAUCCACUGGGCCCGGACAGGUGGCCACUGACACGUUGCAGGACCACUCCGAGCCCGGGCGCCCAUCUGUAAACAACCUACCACCACCUACCUCAGGGCGUGAGGAGUACCCGAAGCUCUGGGCACGGCUCUGCUCGAUAAAUGAGUACUCGGCUAGGACCACAAACAGGCUGGUUUAGAGGCCUCCACGUCCUUUCUUACAACUAUCUUCCUGUGGCACAAACUUUGGUCCUAUAGCCCAGUCUGUAUUUUUCACAUCCCGCUGGGAACUACCACCUCCAGGCUGUUGUAAAUACUUUCAAGAACUUGUACUGAAUGCGUGGGGAUCAGCACUCACACAGGAAUAGUGUCGUCUUCAAAGAACCACCUCCCUUCCGCAGUCAUCCUCAGGUACCGGUCUGUGUCAGGUGUCCUGUCCAUCACUGCACGGUGUCAGGUUAGGGUCCUGCCCGCAGGACCCGCACACCUGCUGGUGGUAUGGCCUUUCACUGGUGCCUUCCUGCGUAGGCUCCUCAGGAGCCCUGGGUUGGGAAGGAUUUGUCCCGUAGGACAGUGGCCUGAGUCCCGGGAAACCUGUGAUCCGAGGAUCAGGAACAAGCAGAGGCAGGGUACACAGCGUAACUGACAGAGGCCUGAUGAGGUUUCCAGUUUUCGAAACAUCUUGGCAGGAUUUGGUAACUGUCUUGAAUUGUGUGGGAGAAGCCUUGUAUCAAACGUGCGAACAAGUUUUUCCUGACAAAUCUUCGUAAAAGAUGAUCUAGGCCACCCAAAACACAGAGUCCUUCUCAAGUAAUGCCUCCCUCUUCCCUCAAGUCCCCCAGAUUUCUCUAAACUGUCACAACUCCGUCCAUCUGAAUGAACAGAUGUGGGGGCCAAAGGGUUUCUCCCUAAUGGGGACGGUGCAGAGGGGUCUUGUGUGAACCCGCAGGGCCCACGACGGUCAACAACUAGGCAGCAUGGGGCCAGGCAUCAGGUGACCCAAGGACUUUAUUCCUGUGGGAGUAAAGUUUCCCACAGUUCUUUGGGAAAGGAGACACUCAGUGGUAACCCUCCCAAGGUUCAGAUUGGGUCCACCUGCCAGUUCAUAAUUCCCAAACCCAGAAGCUGCCUGCCAACCCCAUUCCACCCGUUUGCCAGGCAGUAAAGGCACUCACAUGUGGCGGGGUCCUUGGGACCCUGGCUACAAUAAACAGGGCCUCCUGGUAAGACCAGCAAAACAAAGAGCUGAAAGGAUUUUUAAAUUAGGAAAUAGCUUGUUUAAAGUAAAACCUUUUGGGACCAGAAGGCCCCCCUCCAGAAGGGUACAGAUGGCUAAACCCUGUGUGAGCAGCCUAGCUGUUGGCCUUUAUUUUUUCAAAGACUAUUUAUUUAUUCAUUUUUAGAGAGAGGAGGGGGAGAAAGAGGAAGAGAAACACAUCAUGUGUGGCUGUCUCUCGCAUGCCCCCACUGGGGACCUGGCCCACAACCAAGGCAUGUGCUCUGACUGGGAAUCAAACCUGUGACCUUUUGGUUUGUAGCCCGAGCUCAAUCCACUGAGCUACACCAGCCAGGGCCGUUAGCCUUUCUUUUGUUUCAGCUUUCCUAAGUACGCAUGCAGGGACUUCUGGAUGGAGUCUCUGGAGAUAAAGCUGACAAAGGACUGGAUGUCUGAGUCACGCUGUUUCACCAAGCGGUCUGCUGUGGGCUUUCGCAUCAUGUUCUUGGUCAGCUGUCGAGCAUGGUCUAAAGAAAAAGGGACCCACGUGUGAAAACCCAUUCUGAGACAGUGGCGUCAUCCUCAACCUUCCCAAACAGAAAUGCUAGUAGAACACUUAAAAGAUACAAAUAAGCAAAGAGAAGAAAAUGAAAAUCACCUAGUUCUCACUGCCCACUGAUUUCUUUUUAAAGUUUAUUUUCAGAGGGGAAGGGGAGAGGGAGAAACAUUAACAUGUGGUUACCUCUCAUGCGCCCCCUGCUGGGGGCCUGACCUGGCCCAUAACCCAGGCAGGUGCCCUGACCGGGAAUCAAGCCAGUGAGUGACCCCCUUGGUUCGCAGGCCUGUGCUCAAACCACUGAACCACACCAGCCAGGGCCCCCACUGAUUUCUUUCAAAUUAAUACUGUAUGGACUCCCUUUUUAACCUGUUAUUUUCACUCAACUGUAUUACUGAGAAUAUUUUUAAGUCACUCAAUAUUCUCUUAUAAUAAAUGACUACACAAUA